CGUGCGCUGGCACUGAGCGGCCGCGGCCAUGGCGUACGCCUACCUGUUCAAGUAUAUUAUCAUCGGCGACACGGGUGUUGGUAAAUCAUGCUUAUUGUUACAAUUCACGGACAAGAGGUUUCAGCCAGUGCAUGACCUUACUAUUGGUGUGGAAUUUGGUGCUCGGAUGAUAACUAUUGAUGGAAAACAGAUAAAACUCCAGAUAUGGGAUACGGCUGGACAAGAGUCUUUUCGUUCCAUCACGAGGUCAUAUUACAGAGGUGCAGCAGGGGCUUUACUAGUGUAUGAUAUUACAAGGAGAGAUACAUUCAACCACUUGACAACCUGGUUAGAAGAUGCCCGCCAGCAUUCCAAUUCCAACAUGGUCAUUAUGCUUAUUGGCAAUAAAAGUAUUUACCUUGUGACUGAACCAUGUGAUUUGGAAUCUAGAAGAGAAGUAAAAAAAGAGGAAGGUGAAGCUUUUGCACGGGAGCAUGGUCUUAUCUUCAUGGAAACUUCUGCUAAGACUGCUUCCAAUGUAGAAGAGGCAUUUAUCAAUACAGCAAAAGAAAUUUAUGAAAAAAUUCAAGAAGGAGUCUUUGACAUUAAUAACGAGGCAAAUGGCAUUAAAAUUGGCCCUCAACACGCUGCUACUAAUGCCACACAUGCGUGCAAUCAGGGAGGCCAGCAGGCCGGGGGAGGCUGCUGUUGAGUCCGUUUUUACUGUCUUGCUACCCAGAUGGGGCCUACUCAGCUAUUCUUUCACUCCUGCUCAGCUGAGACAUGAAACUAUUCGAAAUGGCUUUAUGUCACAGAAGACUUUAAUCCUUCAAAUUCUUGUAUAAUUUUGAAUAAAUGGUUAAUGUUCACUUAAAAAAAGAAACAGAUUUUGGAGAUUGUA